AUGGCUAAAAUACAGCUCCUUAGUGUGCUGUUGGUGGUCCUUGUAGUCAUCACAAUUUUCUCAGCAAUAAAUGCUCAACAAAAUCAACCCAAUAAGAAGAAAAAGGGUAAUCAAAAUCAAUUACAACAACAGCAACAAGUACGACCACGUCCUAAACCAACCGUUACGGACAAUGGACAGUUACCGAGUCAAAAUAUUAAGAAAAAACCAAGUAAAAGUAAAAAACAAAAACCAAAAAUAAAAUAUGUAAUCAAAAAUGUAUCCAACCUGGGAAGCAUACGUGGGCGAGUGUUAAAAUCACAAUUGACUGGUAAAAAAAUAACUCAAUUUGUGGAUAUACCAUAUGGCAGACCACCAGUUGGCAAUUUACGAUUUAAGCCCCCAGUGCCAACAGAGCCUUGGGAUAAUGUUUUAGAUACAUAUAAAUCACAUCCUGGUUGCCCUUCGCUACAAAUCAUAAACAAGUUAAAGUCAACAAAGAAAAAGAACAUAAAUCUUGAAGAUUGCUUAAGACUAACUGUUAGCACAAAAUCGUCAACAGAGAAUGCACCUGUAAUGGUUUAUAUACAUGGCGAUUUCCUUUAUGAUGGCAGUAGCAUGGAAGCUGCUCCAGGCUUUUUGUUGGAAGAGAAUGUUGUAUUGGUUUCCGUACGCUAUCGGCUAGGACCAUUUGGUUUUCUUUCUACUUUAUCAGACGACAUACCUGGCAAUGUAGCAGUUCAAGAUGUUAUAUUAGCAUUAGAAUGGGUACAGAAGUAUAUAAGUUCCUUUGGUGGUGAUCCACAACGAGUAACACUUUUUGGACAAGUUGGUGGUGCAGCUUUGAUAAAUGUUCUGACAAUGAGUCCAGCAGUACGUGAUGGUCUAUUCCAUCAAGUAAUAUAUCAAUCUGGUUCUGCUCUUUCACCCGCUUUUAUAACCGAUAAUCCCUUAACUGCUACACAAGAUAUAGCUAAGAUAGCUGGUUGUAAAAUUGUGAAUACGGUCGAUGCAAUCAAUAAGUGCAUUCGGAAGCUGAAUACUACAGCUUUAUUAGAUGCAUUUAGUGCACAUGGUGAUGCUAAAUCAGCAUUGGGUAUUGGGUCAUAUGGUGGAGUACAAUUUGUUAUAGGUGGUCCAUCCGGUAUUUUACCAGAGCAUCCUGGCAAAUUAUUGACAUCGAAAAAAUACAAAGCAUAUCCUACAAUUGGUGGAUCUGUUAAGAAUGCUGGAACAUUUAUUUUGAAAGAUAUUUAUGUUGAUAAUUUCAAUGAAUCCAUCAUAGAUGAUAAAUUAGAUGGAAAGGGUUACAUACAGUAUAUCAUAACUCAAACGAAUGGUCCUGAUCCCACACUUGCUUGGCAGAAGUUUGCUAGAGAUGAAAUUUUCACUCCAGCUGAAAUAAAUAAUGGAAUGUUUUACACACUAAUUCCUGGUUUAGUUGAUAUGUGCAGCACAAUUGCUUUUAAAAACCCUGUACUACUUUCGAUGCAAGCUAAUGCUCGCAAGCUGGCCAAUAGCACAUACUUAUACACAUUUGACUAUGAAGGUGAAUUGAAUCGUUACUCCACACAGGAAGAUGAAGAGGGUCUUAUGCCCUUUGAAUUGGGUGUCUCAUUAACUGAUGACAAUCUGUAUUUGUUCCCAUGGCCAGGUUAUAGUCAUAUCAAUUCAAAUAGAGAUCUGAAAGUUGCAAAGCGUAUGAUAGCUUUGUGGACAAGUUUUGCUGCAACCGGAGUCCCAAAAGCACUUGGUAUGCCAGAAUGGCCCGCUAUGACCGAUGAAACUGGUCCAUAUUUGAAAAUUGACAGAACCGUUACUAUUGGUGAUAAUUAUUUGGAUGAAUUUAAUGUAGCAGCAAAAGACAAUCAAAUGGGUUACAAUUUGGUAAAUGAGGAGUUCUUCGAUAGUUUGGUGGAAAUAACAACAGAUGAUCAAAAUAAAGAAACCAAUUCCGAAGAAGAAGGGGAAGAUGAUGAUAAUGACAGUGCAGAACACGAGAGAGGUGCAAAAAUUAUAUUUACUGUGAAGAAAGUCAUGUGAAUCACUUGAUACCAUUUUAA